AGCAGCUCAGGGAGAACCAACUGGCUCGUUCUCAAGAAUCUCACAACUCAGAUGGAUGGUUCUACUCUGAGGACUCUCUGUAUGCAACAUGGUCCUCUGAUUACAUUCCACCUCAACCUGCCGCACGGCAAUGCUGUGGUAUGUUACAGCUCCAAGGACGAGGCGGCCAAGGCACAGAAGAGUCUGCACAUGUGCGUACUAGGUAACACUACCAUUCUGGCUGAGUUUGCCAGUGAGGAGGAAAUCAACCGUUUCUUUGCACAAGGUCAGUCAUUGGCCGCUGCCUCCCCGGGCUGGCAGGCCAUUGGCUCCUCUCAGAGCCGAAUGGGCGGAGCCUUGGAGGGUUCCCACCCCUUCCCCAGCCGUGCCCCGGAGCCCAGUCAAUGGAACGUCAGCGACCUCCAUAGCUCCUCCCUUUGGGGCGGGUUGAACUAUUCCACUAGCCUAUGGGGCGCCAGCGAGGGCGGGAGGAUCAACAGCCCUUCUCCAAUCAGCUCCUUCCUCCCCGUGGAUCACCUGACAGGGGGCGGGGACUCCAUGUAAAGCCCGUGUCAGUGGAGUGCCGAACGCUGGACAGCGUGACGACAGACUGGGUCGUCUGGAAUCGUUAUUAAUCUCCAAACACAAAGAAAAAAAGUCCAAGACCAAAAAACAAAAUGGCUCCUUCUCACUUACAAAUAUACAGGAAGGGGGUCACCCUGUGGAAAAUACGUACAGGAAGUAGGGGGGUCACCCUGUGGAAA